AUGUCCGCGAGCCACUGGCUUGUUGAAGCUGGGUUUCUAAAAAGGCCGCUCACAGAUAGAUGCGCGGACAGCAAAGGCUUAGGGUCCCCUUGGGCAUGUCAACGCUCUGCCAUCAAACACGAUGAAGUUCAUGACGUUGCGCUUGGUGUGGUAUUCGAGCAGCACUCUGAGGAGAUACAGGAGGCGUUCAAAUUCGCCAUGCUGCAGUAUUCUAACAGCAAGAACAAGACACGGCUCGACUUCCAGCUCUUUGUGGACAUCAUCAAUACGGCUGACGCUUUCAAGCUCUCGCGACUGAUCUGCCACCAGUUCUCCCGCGGCGUGGUGUCGAUGCUGGGUGCAAUUCCACCGGACUCCUUCGAUACGCUUCACUCUUAUACCAACACCUUUCAAGUGCCGUUUGUCACCCCAUGGUUCCCUGAAAAGGUCAUACCACCAACAUCGGGCCUCAUCGACUACGCAGUCAGCCUGCGCCCUGACUACCACCGCGCGGUCAUUGACACCAUUGUCUACUAUGGCUGGAAGCACAUCAUCUACAUCUACGACUCUCAUGAUGGUCUCCUCCGCCUUCAGCAGCUAUACCAAAGCAUGAAGCCCGGCAAAGCGAUGUUCCAGAUCACGUACGUGAAACGCGUGACCAAGGCUGCCGAGGCCAUCGCCUUCCUCGUCUCUUUGGAGAGGAUGAACCGCUGGAGUAACAAAUACGUUGUUCUCGAUUGUGGAACCCAACUGGCCAAGGAGACGCUGGUUCUACACGUGCGCGACGUCGAACUUGGGAGGCGGAACUACCAUUACUUCUUGACUGGCUUGGUGAUGGAUAAUCUAUCGGAAAAAGGUGUUGGGGAGUUUGGGGCCAUCAAUGUCACCGGCUUCAGUAUCCUUGACCACUCCAGAAAGAUUGUCCAGAAUUUCAUAGAGGCUUGGCAUCACGAUUCGAUUUCGGCGCAGGCUGCGCUGAUGUACGACGCGGUGCAAGUGCUGAUCGACUCCAUCCUGCGCAUGCUUUGGCGCAAGCCUGACUUCCUGCGCGGCGCGCGCCGCCGCAGCGCCAACAACAGCAAGGUCAUCGACUGCAAUCCUAAGAACGCGCUGAUCCCCUACGAAUACGGCGAGAAGAUGUCCAAGAUCAUCAAACGGACGGAGAUGGAAGGCAUAACUGGUCAUAUCCGGUUCACUGAGGAGGGGCAUCGCCGGAACUUUACCCUACAGGUCAUGGAGAUGACUGUCACUGGAGAGAUUGUUAAGGUCGGCACGUGGUACGAUAAUAAGGGCUACAUACCAGUGGAGGAGAAACUCCCUGGCCUCAGGGAGCUGGGACUCUACGAUCGCAACAAGACCUACAUAGUAUCCACCAUCGUGGAGUAUCCCUAUGUCAACAAGGAGAAAAUAUCCGACAACCCUGACGAGCCCAUCACCAACCUUACGGGAUUCUGCGUGGAUCUCACCCGGCUUGUACUGGAGAAAAUGGAAAUAACUUAUGAACUGAGGCUUGUAAAGGACGAAAAGUACGGAAAUGAAAAUCCAAAAGAAAUAAGCGGAUGGGAUGGUCUCAUUGGUGAACUUUUACGCCAGGAGGUGGACCUCGUGGUAGCCCCAUUGACCGUAAACCGAGAGCGCCAAGAGGUGAUCGACUUCAGCAAGCCGUAUCUGUCCUUCGACACCAAGCCCAAGCGGAGCACACCUUCCAACAUCUACACCAUCUUCAGCUUCCUUAUCCCACUGUCUAAGGAAAUAUGGUUCUGUAUCAUCGGCAGCCUGGUGGGCGUCAGUCUUUGUCUGUUCCUGGUGUCCAAGUUCUCGCCGCGGGAGUGGCGAGUUACGUCGUACACUGAGCCGCAUACUACAGAGAACAACGAAAUUGCUACCACUAGGACCACCGUCGUGAACGAAUUCAACCUAUGGAAUUCAAUAUGGUUCUCUCUGGGCUCAUUUUUGCAACAAGGCAGUGAGAUUGCCCCGAGGUCAUUUUCUGGAAGAAUCGUGAGCGCUGUGUGGUGCUUCUUCGCACUGAUCGUAAUCGCCACGUAUACCGCAAACAUGGCUUCGUUCUUGACCAUCAACCGCAUAAAUGAGCCUCUGCGCUCCUACACAAAAGUCACCAAGUGUCCUCAGCUCGCUACCAUCAAUGUUGUACAGGACCAAAUGGUACCACCACCUAUCCAAGGCGAAGACGGCGACCAUCCCUGGAUGGGAUUUAUAUCACCCACCACCUUCCUAGACGAUGAAAAGCCGUGUGAGCUGAUGAUCUCGGUGACUCAGUCAGGAGUCAAGGAGUUCGCGAUUGCUUUCCCGAAAGGAUCUAAGCUACGGGACGGUGUGAACCUGGCUUUACAAGCUCUACGGGAGGAGGGAGAGCUGCAACGCCUCAUACGCAUCUGGUUUAUUGACACGAAAUGCGCAACUGAUAAUGAGAUCCAAGGCAAGGAGUUGACUCUGAACCAAGUGGCUGGUUUGUUCUACGUUUUGGUGGGUGGACUGACCCUGGCCCUUAUGGUCGCUUUGCUGGAGUUCAUCUUGCACGGCCGCUCGCAGGCUGCGCGUGCGCAGCGAGCCCUGAUGAAGGCUCUUCGAGAGAACGCGAAUCGGAAUGCGCCGGAGAACGAUUCCACGCCACAGCGUCGAGAACCUCGUGAGGAACAGGAGCGGUUGGAGUGGAACGGCGGUGCUUAUUCUGGGUAUUACGCAUCUGAAAGCCAAGGCGCCGCCACUCAAGAGGAGCCGGAGCUCCAAGCAAGUUUCACUCAAGUCUGA